GUUGUGAACUUUUCUUUAGUUUACAUAGGCACUUACAUUUCUGUGAUGGUUUGCAAAUCUUUUGUUUCACAGUUCUUACAGAUAUCAGUUGCUUAAGUUCCUGAACAGUGAGGGCAGUCAGGUUGCAGGCUGAAACAGAGCAUCAUGAAGCUGGAGGUUCCAGAAAGUUUUAAAGAUGUAGCAAUUGAGUUUUCAAGAGAAGAAUGGAAGGUACUGAGCAAAGAAGAGCAAGAACUUUACAGAGAAGUGAUGAUACAGAACUAUGAGAAUAUGAUUUCAGUAGGUUACAACAUCCCACUGAAGCAUCUUUAUUUGCUGACUGAAAAAUAUGAGAAGGUUCUAUCUGAUGAUAAAGCAGGAGAGACAUUGCAGCAAAUGGAACUUUCUGAUGGCAUGAUUGACAUCUUUAGGAAUGCAGAUUUCAGCAAGAUUCACAGUUACCAGACAUCACAAGGGAAAUAUGUUAAUUCUGAAGAUGACAAGACAUUCAUAGUUGAGAAGUCUGUCACAAGAGAUGACCCCAUGUGCCCUGAAAGCAGGCAAUAUAACAGUGUGAAAUAUAACAAGGAGUUUAACUUGAAAGCAGAACUAGAACUGUAUGUGGAAACUCAUGGAAUGGAAAGAGAGAGGCUUGCUUUUCAUAGUAGAAGCUUAAAUAAUAAGUUAAGUCACAGAGCAAAAAGACAAAGGAAUGCACUCUCAGUACAUAAACAAACAGUUUUUGGAGAGUAUUCCAUUGGUCACAAGGGUUGUACAAGGAGAAACAGCUCAAUAGUGAAUCAGAUUACUUAUUCUGGACACAAACAGUAUAAAUGUACCAGAUGUGGCAAAAGUUUUAAACAGAAAUCUAGUAUGGAAAAACAUCAGGCAUUUCAUACUGGCUGUCAGCCAUUAAAAAAGAGAAGCCAAAAAAAGUAUAGAUGUGCCACAUAUGGCAAAAGUUUUUUAUGGAAGAGGGGUUUGGCAGAAAAUGAGACUAUCUACAUUGGACAGAAGCUCUACAGAUGUGUUACAUGUGACAAGGGUUUUAUAGAUAAGAGAGAUUUGACAGCACAUGAGAGUGGAGAAAUUAAACAAAGACAGACACCCUUCAAAUGUAGUACAUGUUUCAAGGGUUUUACAACAAAGACUGCUCUGUCAAAGCAUAUGACUAUCCACAAUGGGCAGAAACCCUACAAAUGUAGUCUAUGUAACAAGGACUUUGUAUAUAAGAAGACUUGGGCAAUACAUCAGACUUUACAUACUGGACAGAACCCCUACAAAUGCAGUAUAUGUGACAAGGGUUUUAUGAAUAAGUUCUAUCUGGAAACGCACCAGAAUAUCCACACUGGACAGAAGCCCUACAAAUGUACUAUAUGUGACAAGGCUUUUGCAGCUAAAAACAAUCUAGUAACACAUCUCUGUAUCCACACCGGACAGAAGCCCUUCAAAUGUACAUCAUGUGACAAGGCUUUUAUAACUAAGUACAAUCUGGAGAAACAUAAUCAGAGCAUCCACACAUUAUUGAAGCCGUACAUAUGUACUGCAUGUGACAAGUGUUUUGUAAAUAAGGACGGUCUGGCUGCACAUAUGAGUAUCCACACUGGACAAAAGCCCUACAAAUGUAAUACGUGUGGCAAAGGUUUUACUAGGAAGAAUGGUCUGGCAGCACAUAUGACUAUUCACACAGGGCUGAAGCCCUACAAAUGUCCUACAUGUGACAAGGAUUUUAUAAGUAAGAGCAAUCUGGCAAGACAUCAGACUAUCCACAGUGGCCAGAGGCCCUAUAAAUGUGCUAUAUGUGGCAAAGGGUUUGGACAGAAGCGUUACUUGGUAAAGCAUCAGUCUGUUCACACUGACCAGAAACCCUAUAAGUGUGUCACAUGUGGCAAAGGAUUUACACAGCAUUAUAGUAUGAGAAGACAUCAGUCCAUUCACGCUAGAAACAAUGAUUCCUCCCUAGAGAAAACUCCAGAGCCAGAUGCUGUACCCAACGUCUAGCAAAAUAUAUUGACAUCUUUACCCCAUCCGUAGGGUUCAGAAAGGCUUAAUGUAGUGUGUCGAAGACUGUGGGCUCUAUUCCGUCACCAGCUAGUUGGAUUAAUUUUCUAGUACUUAUAAUGCAGUGCAGCAUAAAUGGGGAUGCUGCACUCCUGGGUGUGCCUUCCUUCAGAUGAAAUAGUAAACUGAUGCCCCAUUUGCCUGAGUUAGUAGUACCGCAAAAUUGACAGGCCAAAAAAGAGCCAUAAAGAUGAUGGAGUGGACUGUUGAGAAUACGAAAGAAAUUAAGUAUUGUCACUGUUAUGCAAGAAGCCCUGAAUUUCCAGGUAGAAGAUAUUCAAAAGGAUUGAGAGAAAUUUGAGAAAACAAAAAUACUUGCAAAAGAAAAAAAAAACGUCAAAAGCUUCAAAUGUACAUUUGUGUUCAUUAAUACAA